CACUCACACACACACACACACACAGCCGAGGCUGUCCCAAGGACAUCUUGCACUUGAAGAGAUACACACUGGCGCCCGCACACCCACGCACACACACACACACACACACACACACACACACACACACUCACAGAAAGGCACGCAUUGUGGUUUCAGCAGCAUACCAGCACAGACCCGUGGCAGAGUGAUCGGCUGUAGACCACAGAGACUGGGAAUAAACCCACUUACUGGAGUGACAACAAGGGCUGUGCAGGAUUUAAAUCUCCUUCCCUGAUCUUUCUUUUCUUAUUUAUUCUAAUCUGCUGUCCUUUUCUUCCUCUGACAACCCCUCCUCCUCCUUUUUUUCGGGGUUGCUGUUGCUACUGUCAGCAGGAGAAUAUUUUCAUUUCCUUUUCAGAGCAUUAUAGGAGCUGCUCCUGUGUCUCUCCAUUAUUAAUCUACCCUAAAACCUCACUGCCUGUAUCUGAAGAGGUUAGAGCUGAGAAGGACGUCAGAUAGGGAGACGGGUGCCAAGUAAGCCAGAACCGCCACUGGUGUAGGCUGUAGGCCGUCAUCAACAAGUGGAGAAAAUGGGGCACCACAUUGACAUUACCAAGAACAGGACGUCCCUCCAAAAUUGAUGAAAGGACAAGACGAAAAGGAGCUGCAGGAAUAUCUGACACUUACCCAGCUAGCAGCCUGUCUGCCCUAUAACACUGAAGGUGGGCAUCGAGGCAGACUGAUGCUUAUCCAGUUCUGAGGUGGGAACCACUGUCACUCAUAGGCAGACCGUAGCUAUGUGGCUCACUGCUGGGACUGCAAUAAGGCACUGCAGAGGAACCACUCAAAACAGCGUGUCAGUGCACUGUGUGCUCUACCUUCUGGUUCUGCACCUUCAGUUGUGCACCAGUUGUCCAUCCAUUUGUGUGUGCAGUUCCACCGAAGCAGACUGUGGUGGGCAUGACCUGAUUACGCUGCCUGCCCUUUCCCUGCUACCUUCAACUAUUCAGACCCUCCUCCUUCCCAACAACCACCUCACAACCUUGCCUGCUUCAGCAUUCGCCAACCUCAGCUCACUGGUGAGGCUUGACCUAUCCAACAACUACCUGGACAACCUGCCAGCCCACCUGUUUGCUGAGCUGGCCAACCUGACUGAUCUUAGUCUGAGGAACAACAGCCUAACAGCACUGGACCGUGACCUCCUGCAGGGCCUGGGGAGCCUUCAGCGGUUGGAUGUGUCACUGAAUGGCCUGGGUGCUGUGCCUCUUGGUCUGUUAGAACAUCAGCAUGGCCUGAUCUGGCUCUCUCUGGCCGGGAACAGACUCCAGGCACUGGAUAGGGCUGCCUUUGAACCACUUGAGAACCUGCAGCACCUUGAGCUUGGCUCCAACCCAUGGGAAUGUGACUGCAAUUUGCGUGACUUCAAGAACUGGAUGGAGUGGCUCAUCUAUCGAGGUGGCUACGUGGAUGCUGUGGAGUGCACCCUCCCCAAAGAACUCCGAGGGCGUGACAUCCGGAGUGUUCCUGUAGAGAUGUUCAACUACUGCCUCCAAAUGGAUAAUGAGAAUGGGGGUGGGGCUGGAGGAACAAAAGGUGGCUCUCUCCCAUGCGCACGUGCAACCGCUGCUCCGUUGCCUGAGAGCGCUGUGGUACAGAGUGAGUCCGAGCCGCUGGAUUGUGCUAAGCAGCGUUACCGGCCUAUAAGCGUCCGUCGUGCCAUUGGCACUGUGGUGAUUGCUGGUGUUGUGUGUGGCAUUGUGUGCAUCAUGAUGGUCGCUGCAGCCGCUUAUGGAUGCAUCUAUGCUUCCCUUAUGGCCAAGUAUCAGCGUGAGCUGAAGAAAAGGCAGCCACUGAUGGGGGAUGCUGAGGCUGAAGCUGACCCUGAGGAGAAACAGAUUUCAUCAGUCGCAUAGAAAUAAUACGGAUUCUAUAUACUCUUAUGUGAUGACAAUGGUCUAUCUCUUUGCAUUCCUGCUUCCACACCUAGUUUUUAAAUGUGUGUGCACUGUUAUGUAAUAUUUGGGUGUUUUCACAUAUAGUUAUUUUUAAAUAAACCAUUCUCAGUCCUCUUAGUGGUCCUGAAAGGGAACUAGCUGCAAAUUACCUCAGUACUUUUGGUGUUCACAAUACAAGUGGACUCAAAAGUGGACUCAGUUUGUUGAGCUCAUUGAUGAGCUCUCAAACCAUUGAUGAGCUCUCAGUCCACAACUUCUUUAGAACUCCGACCCCAUGGAUAAUGUAAUUCAAAAUGGGUAUUUUAAAUGAUGCAAUCAUUUAGCUGUGGAUGAAAAAUAGUGUCUGGUGUCUGCAAUGAGAAAAAAGCAAUGAGGCGAGGGAACCAACUCAUGCUUCAUGUAAUUUCUACUAAAUCGAUGGCAUAGACCAAACACAUGCAUACUAGGGGUCUAACUUAAUGCCAUUAUCUGUAUUUCCAUUUUUAUUUGUUUAGUGCUCAAAAUAUUCAUGUAUCUGUACCAGACUUGUUUUUUUUAAUGUUAAUCAUACAACUAUGCCACAGAAACACUGGAAAACACUGAAGAAACAGAGCUGCUAGAAAGAGUCAUUUUUCUUUCAUAUUUUAUCAGAAUGUCUGUAGUUUUUGAAAGAUCAGAAAUGUUCCCUUGGACACAUUACCCGAAUCUUCUACAAAACUGGGAUGAACCUACAGUGCUGCUGCGAGUCCAGAUGGGAACACUUUCAUUUAAUAAUGCAUAAUAACGAAUAAUGAGAAUGAGGAGAAAAAAAAAGUGCAACGAACGUGCAAGUUUUACAAUCAUUUUUUAAUUAAUUAAAUUAUUAUUUUUGUGGAGAGCCCUGCACAGAUAUGCGACUCUGUGGACAGCUAUUUUUUAAGUUCUGUGGGCAGGGUUGCCAGGUUCUGCAGGAUCCCAUUUAUGCACCUAAAAAUUGAGUGGUCUGCGAGCAAAGGUGUCAUGUUCUAAGUUGUUUAACACAUCUAGAUGUAUAUAUCAAGAAUAUUGUAUAUAAUGUAGCAUAUUGUGUACAGAAUAUUGUGUAUAGUGUAUAGCAAAAACAAAAAAAAUUGGCCUUACCAUACCAAAACGUUCAGAGGAGACUAUAUACUGCAAAUCAGAAAUGUGCACCACUUACUUCCCCCCAAAAUGACUCAGAGAAAGAAGAAAAUGCAUCUAAUUUUUCCUGAACAAUUUGGGAUAGUUCAAAUUUUUUUUGCGGUUUUUGAAUUGUAGUUGAGGUGAAUUUUGCUGAAACCUGGCAACUCUCUUCAUGAGCUUUGAGCUUAGGCAAGAGAGCUAAAGAGCUAAAGUAAAACCCAUGCACUCAUGCAAAUUUUCUUUUGUUUUGUUUAACGGGGUCCCACUCCCUGAAGCUGGCAAGCUUUCUAAAAAAAGAUCUGUUCAAUCGGAAUAAUGUAUUCAUAUUCAUUCACCCUCCUGAUGCAUACACUACAUACACUCACCAACCACGUUAAAGGGAACACCUGUACUCCUGUUCAUUCAUGCAAUUAUUCAAUCAGCCAUCCGUGUGACAGCAGUGCAAUGCAUGCAGUCAUGCAUAUGCAGGUCAAGAGCUUCAGUUAAUGUUCAGGUCAAACAACAGAAGGGGCAAAAUUGUGAUCUCAGUAACUUUGGCAUGAUUGUUAUUGCGAGUAGAGGUUACACAUAAUAGUGCUCACACUCAAUGAGUGGCUGUUCCUCGUGCAGAAACAUCUUGUUGUUGAGAGAGGUCCGAGGAGAAUGACCAGCCUGGCUCGACCUGACAGGACGGCUACAGUUACUCCAAUAAUCACUCUUUACAACUACGGUGAGCAAAAAAUCAUGUAAGAAUGCACAACACAUUGGACCCUGAGACAGAUGAGCUACCACAGCAGAAGACCACAUCAGGUUCUACCCCUCUCAGCCAAGAAAAGGGAUGUGAGGCUACAGUGGGCACAUGUUCACUAAAACUGGGCAGCUGAAGAUUAGAAAAACGUCACCUGGCCUUUUCCAAUCUUCAACUGCCCAGUUUCCGCAGAUCUGCUGCUCACUGGAUCGUUUUUUUUUUUUUUUUUUGCACCAUUCAGUGUAAACUCAAGGGACUAUUGUGUGUGAAAAUUACAGGAAAUCAGCAGUUUCAGAAAUCCUCAUCAACAAGGUGUUUCCACUCACUGAAGGUGAGCACCAUUAUGUGUAACCACUACUCACACCAACAGCCAUGCCAUGGACUGAGAUCACUUUUUACUCAUUCUGAUGCUUGAUGUGAACAUUAACUUAAGCUAUAGAUAGAUAGAUAGAUAGAUAGACAGAUAGAUAGAUAGAUAGAUAGAUAGAUAGAUAGAUAGUUUGUUGUCAUUGCACAGUACAGGCAUCUACCAGCAGUGUAAAUAGUAGCAUUGUGAAAUGAUUGGCUGAUUGGAUAACUGCAUGAACGAGCCGGUUUACAGGCAUUACUAUUUAAGUGGCUGGUAGUAAUAAACUGUAGUCAUAUACAGUUGCCCUUGCUCCUGUCACUGGCAUGUUGUUAUUAUUAGCAGUGCUAAUAUAACAAUUCUUGCGGGGCGGAGUUUAAUUUACUCGACUCAGACAACACGUGAAAGGCAUGUUCAACACUACAUUCUGAGGUUGUCUGCAAAGUUUUGGUUGUGAUGAUCUGUAGGGCGUGAUGUUUAGUUCACAGAGCUGGUUUUCUGGAACAGUAAGUCCAAUCAUAUUGAAUCAUCUGUGCUUAUCUGUAAUCUGAUUCCUAAUGCUGACUGGGUUACCUAAAAACAUGGUACCAGCCAAUCAGCAUUCAGCAGGCAUUUCACAGGGUUAGCAUUAAACUGUCUCAAAACUUGUACAGUAUGUUCAUCUAUGGUCUCUUUAGUGUUCUGUGUAACUUGGCAAGAACUGGACACUGCAUGCAGUAUUUGUGAAGGGUGCUUGGAUUCCAAGAUCACUACAUGUGGCUAUUAUUAUUAUUAUUAUUAUUAUUAUUAUUAUUAUUAUCUGCAAUGUGACAGAAAACUGCAGCCACACAUGAACAGCAAGCCUCAAGUUCUUUACUCAUAAAACAAGAUGUGAAGCCGAAUGAGAUCACUUUGUUUUCAUAAGACACAAAAUAGACCACAAAAGGAACCACAGACCAGUACAGUCAGCUUGUGGUUCAUUUUUAAGGGGUCUGAGUUCAUUUGUUGUGUUCACAUAUGACCAUAAAAUGAUCAGUCACCAAUCUGAGACCACUUGGAAUGCUAAAACAGACUGUGUGAAAACACCCAUAGUUUGUCUUUACAGUAUUUUUCAUCAUUCUUGUAUUCUACAAAUGAGAACUGAUGGCUAAAGCUGGGUGCAAGACCACUUCAUGUCAGUUUUCAUCUUUGUGGCAGGUUCCUGUUCCUCUCUAGAAAUACAGAAACACUGAGAGGACGUUUUGACCUUAUUAGGACAAAUAUCCGUACAUUAUCAGCAUGUUUGUUUUCAACUGCUUCUUUAUGGAUUGCAAUAUCUAUUAGCAGCCAAAAUAAAUUCCAGUGUUUUUCAAAGUAGAAUACAUUUAAUGUUUCAUAAGUGAAUGGGUUUUAGCCUGUAAAAACAAUGAAGAGGUUGGAUUCUACUGUGGGCUGAAUUUUGUACUGUUGCUACAUUAUUUAGCCUCUGCAAUAUACUGACACUAGACAAAGAUCUUAUAGAUUAUUAUAUAACAGGUUAACUCUCUCUUAUGCGCUAACAUUGUAGUUUAAGCUCAGAACUCUUAGCAUCCACCACAUUAAACACUGUGUAAAGGAAACGCAGAGAGAGGAUGCACAGUUUAUGUUGCUCCCUCUCAGGCUCAUUUGCUCACAUAUCCACAUUGGUACAAUGCAGGCAUAUACUGAGUACUGCAAGGUAGUUAGCGAGUGAGAUAGGUGUCAUUUCUUUGAGAAUUGAAUUAGAAUUUCAAUUAAGUAAAGAAUUUUGUAUUCAGAUUCAUUUAAAUAUUAGCCUUUAUAUGUAUACUGAGACACAAACAGAGCAAACAUAAAUUAUAUACCACAAUGUCGAUUUCUUAGGUGAAGAAAAUUGCAAGACGGUAAUAUCCUUUUAUCAUAAUGUUUGUUUGUUUGUUUGUUUGUUUGUUUAUUCACAGCAAAAUUUUCACGUUGCUGAUAUUGAGUCAGAUAUUACAAUUCUUAGUUUGCUGUGAAAAUCACAGGUAAAAUAUAUGUUCCCUCCCAAAUGGCUUUCCAUUCAGCUACAUAAAAGGCCAAAGAAUUUAGGAAAAGUGUGUUUUGAUUGACUUUUGUUGGAUGACUAUAGCUAGAACAUGAGACCCUUAACAUUCACUUGUAAUUCCUUUACUUCAAAUGCGUAAAUAUCAUAAAACCUAUUUUUAAAUACCCCUUUUUACAUACACUGGCCAAAAGUAUGUGGACACCUGACCGUCACAACCAGAUGUGCCUUUCCAAAACCAUGGGCAGUAAUAUGUAGUCCCCCUCCUCCUUUGCUGUUAUAAUGAGCUCCACUCUUCUGGGAAGCUUUCCACUAGAUGUUGGAGCGUGGCUGUGGGGAUUUGUGUUCAUUCAGCUACAAGAGCAUUAGUGAGGUCAGGCGCUGAUGUUGGGAUGUCGAGGAGGUCUGGGGUUCAGUCGGUGUUCCAGUUCAUCCCAAAGGUGUUCAGUGGGGUUGAGGUCAGGGCUCUGUGCAGGACACUCCAGUUCUUCCACUCCAACCUUCACACACCAUGUCUUCAUGGAGCUCGCUUUGUGCUUCCAGAUUUUUGGCAACAGUUUGGAGAAGAACCACAUGUGACUGUGAUGGUCAGGUUUCUAUAUACAAAAUUUGUCUAUACAGUGUAGUUAAACAGAGUCAUAUUAUGGAUUAUGUUUGACAUAAGGGUAAAGUCCAGUCAUAAACCUCUCAGUUUAUUCAUCAGACAAUAGCAACACAUUGAAGAGAAUGGUUAUGCUUGCUGCUGCUGCUACCACAGGGACUACGCUCACCCCCAACCCACCCUGCACUGCCUUUAUCCUGGUUGUUGUCCAUAUUGCUGUUCUGGUUGCAAAUCUUUUACCAGGAAGCGCCACAUACGGAAUGGCAAGAAAAACACAUGCAAUCUGAUUUGACUUCAAGUUGCAAAUCAGAUUUGAAACCACAUAUAAAUCUGAUUGGUUGUUAAAUUAUGCUUACAUUAGGCAUUUCUUUGAAGUAAAUAUCUUUUAGUUUAGUAGCAAGUUCAGAAGCCUUUGUUAAUUAUCACUUUUAGUAAAGAAGGCGGAUGAGACAGUAAUUCAGUUAUAUCCUAGAUCUUGUAGGUCACACCAUAAGAUACAAAAAUUCAUGAUCGUGAGAACAGCAUUGCAUUGGCUUUGUUCAUCAUCCCUUAUUCCCAGUCUACUAAUAACAAGGAGAAAAGGAUUUACAGAGAAAUGUUGUUGACAUCCUUUCUACAACUACUUUAUGAUGUAGCUAUUUACAGUUGUAUGCUGUAUAUGCUGUAGGUCAACCAAGGAAAACCAACUCCAAAGGACAAAGCACAACAAGGGAGAGAACAGACAGACGGAUGUACACAUGAAAUAGUGAAGGUAUACAGAACAGAGGAAAGACAAAGCAAGGGCUCAAGCAGGGGUGUGAUGUGUCAUAAUAUACCCCUGUACACACAUAAUAUACAUAUAAUAUACAGAACAUUAAACAGAGACAGAAAUCCAACAAAUCCAGCUAAAAGGUAUUAGAACUAUUCUGUGGCAAAUAGGGUGAGUGCUUGCCACUUAAAGAAUGCUUAAUGCACCUAAAUUUGUUGGUUAUGAUUUAUUUCAAGCUAGUUAUCUUUAAUAUUUAUCUCUAUAUCACUUGAGAUUUUUUCUCUUUUUAAAUUAUGUAACUAUAUGAGAUGGCACACAAUUCUUUAUUUUUUUCUCUCAGUUUGAAAAACUAUUUGUGGGCUGUGUAAUAAUUCUAUGUCA